GUCUUCGCUCCCCACUUCUUUGGGAAAUGGUUGAACCCAGAGCGUUGCCCCGCCCCCUUCCGUGCUGGCCCCACGUGCCUCCCGCAGUGGCGGCCCGGGCGGCGGCGGUAGGAUGGCUCCCAAGGGGCGGAAGAGGAAGGCAGAGGCCCCCGUGGCAAAGGCUGAGAAAUCAGAGGCUUCGCAGGCCAAGGACAAUCUCGAUAAGUUGCCAAAGAAGCAGCGGGGUGCAGGCAGCGCGGGGGCUGGGCCCCGUGUGGUCAUUGAGCACUGUCAAAGCUGACGAGUGUAUGGGCGCAAUGCCAGUGCUCUGAGCGAGGCGCUGCGCCAUGCUGUUGACAACCUGGCAGUGGAAAUCAACCCUGAGAAACCACGUAGGAAUAGCUUCGAGGUGUCCCUGGUGAAGGAGGAUGGAAGCAUGGUGGAGUUAUGGAGUGGCAUUAAGAAGGGGCCGCCUCGCAAGCUCAAAUUUCCUGAGCCGGAGAAGGUGGUUGAAGCACUGAAGAGCAGCUUGGCAUAAAGCAAAAUCAAUGGGACAGGAGACUGAGCCAGGCUGAGAACCAGUCUACUUCUUGUGAGAACCAGAGCAUUUAUGAAGAGGUGUGAUGAAGUGGGGGCAUAAGCCAGACCCAGUCACAUUUCUGAUGCUGCAGCUCUACACACAGGGAGCCAAUGGCCACAGCAUGCCACUCUGUUUCCCUUCUUACAAGAAACCAGCAGUGAUGAUUUGUUGUAGUUCAGAAUUUUGUAAUAAAGUUUAUAGAAACGCCA